AUGGCCAUCGGUGCGCGGAGGGCUUUUGCCUCUUCCGCCCGCCGCCUCGUCUCCGCUCGCCUCGUAUCCCCGUUCGCCCCGCGCUUUCCAACUUCCGCAUCACCCCUCGACGCUGCACCGAAUUGCCACCCCCUUCCCUCCGCUGUCCAAUUUUACGCGGAUGACGCUGUUUCCCCCUCAGGGUGCCGUGCUUACUCCGCCGGGGGGGAAGCGCUGGGGUCGUCGGGCAGCGGGGCGUGGGCGCAGGCAGGGGGGAUGGAGGGGAAAACUGCGGGCGAGGGCGGCGAGCGGAGCGGAUCCGCCACCACCCACUUCGGGUACCGGGCGGUGCGCGAGGAGGAGAAGGCGGAGCUGGUGGGAGGAGUGUUUUCGUCGGUGGCGGACAAGUAUGACGUCAUGAAUGACGUCAUGAGCGGGGGCCUGCACCGUCUGUGGAAGGACAGGCUGGUGCGAGCGCUGCACCCCUUCCCCCACAUGCACCACCUCGACGUGGCGGGCGGCACAGGUGGGCAUGGUGGCAUGGUGGAGUGGGGGCAUUGGGGAUGGGGGCAUUGGGGCAUGGAGGAUGGGGGCAUUGGGGAUGGGGGCAUUGGGGCAUGGGGGAUGGGGGCAUUGGGGCAUGGGGGCAAUGGGGCAUGGGGGCACGGGGUUAUGGGGGAUGGGGACCUUGGGGCAUGCGGGCAAUGGGACAUGGGGGCAUGUGAUGCUGUGCUAGUCACUGCUGCCACCUUCGUCCAUGGUUCCUUCUUCCCCCCCCCAGGCGACAUUGCGUUCCGAGUGCUGAGGGCCAUUCGUGAGGCGGAGGCGGAUCCACGGCGCAUGGCGGCUGCAGGCACAGGGAGGAGCAGCGGGGAGGGGUGGGGCGAGGCAGGGAGGGGGGCGCGGGUGAUAGUGUGUGACAUCAAUGCGGACAUGCUGCGCGUGGGGCAGCUCAGGGCGCAGCAGCAAGGCUUGGCAUUGGACGCGGCGCUGGAGUGGGUGCAGGGCGAUGCGGAGGACAUGAGUGCGGUGCUGGCGGAUGGCAGUGUGGACGCCUACUCCAUCGCCUUCGGCAUCCGCAACGUCACGCGCAUCCACCGCGCCCUUGCAGAGGCCCACAGGGUGCUGCGCAAGGGAGGCCAGUUUGCAUGCCUGGAGCUCAGCCACGUGGAGGACCCUCUCUUCAAGGCACUCUACGACAUGUACUCCUUCAAUGUCAUUCCAGCCAUGGGCCAGGCAGUCACUGGGGACAGGGAGUCGUAUCAGUACCUCGUGGAGAGCAUUCGCAAGUUUCCAACCCAGAGGAGAUUCAUUCACAUGAUGGAGCAAGCAGGAUUCAGAAAUGUGUCAUAUGAGAACAUGACAGGGGGUGUUGUGGCACUGUUUACAGGCUUCAAGUUGUAG